CGUGUACAUGCCUCAGCCGCCACAGCCCUCUCGCCCUGCCUUACGACAAUGAGCAUGGAUAGCAGACUAGCACAGGCAGCAGGCCUCAACCAAAAGGACAAGGCCACCGCCUACCAGUCUAUCCUUACGGACCUGCUUGCGCGCCCCGACCAGGCCACACUUGCUCAGGAUCUCCAUAUCCUCGUCGAGAAUGUCGUUCAGGAAAGCACAGGCCUCGUAAUCGGGCGACAAGUUCUGUCGGAGCUGGCGAAGGCAUUGGAAGUGGGUAUCGUGCAGGACGUCGGCCUCAGGAAGCAGAUCGUCCAGGAUACCCUCGACAUCAUUCAGCCUCGGAUAGUGAGUUAUGAAGAGCAGGUCAACUCACUUCGUUUCCAACUCGCCGAUAUACUGGAAGCCGACCACGAGUGGAGUGAGGCCGCUCGCGUGCUCAUGGGCAUAUCGUUGGACGCAGGGCAGCGAGCAACGGAGGACAAGUUCAAAAUCCUACUACGAAUAGUCCGUCUUCUGCUGGAGGACGAAGACUCCGUACAAGCCGAGACUUACUACAAUCGUGCAGCCCUCCUGGCACCGUCGACACAAGACAAAGAGGCUCUGCUAUCGUUCAAACUGUGUCAAGCACGGAUCAGCGACUACUCACGGAAGUUCUUAGAAGCCGCUGCGCGAUAUCACGAACUGAGUUGGGUUACCGAGAUCGACGAGGAUGACCGUGCGCACAUGCUCUCAGCAGCAGUAACAUGUGCGGUUCUAGCACCAGCCGGCCCCAACCGCUCUCGCAUGCUCGCCUCCCUCUGCCGUGACGAGCGAACCGCCGAGCAGCCCUCUUACAACAUCCUCCUGAAGAUGUUCCACGACCGCAUCCUCCGCGCCGCCGAGAUCAAGGACUUCGAGGGCACGCUCAAGCCGCACCAACUCGCCAAGAUCGCACCCUCGUCCAACGACCGACUCGCAUCCGCCAUAUCAGACGACAACGACAUCAGCGAUCCCAACGCGAGCAAGCGCACCGGCCCGUCUACGGUGCUCGAUCGGGCGGUGAUGGAGCACAACCUCCUCGCGAGCUCGAAGAUCUACAACAACAUUACCUUCAGCGGCCUAGGCGCCCUCCUCGAUCUGACGCCCGGAGCUGCAGAGACGAUGGCGCGCAGGAUGAUCGAGCAGGGCCGUCUAAAGGGCUCGAUAGACCAGGUCGAGAAGCUGAUCGUGUUCGAGUCGUCGCAUGACGAAGACGACGCGCAGGGUAAAGCUGGCGGUUUGGGCGACGUGGAGCAGACGGCAGAAGACACCGGCGCACCCUUCACCAAGCGGUGGGACAUGCAGAUCCGCAUCACAGCUGCGAACGUCGAAUCUAUCGUGCAGCAUUUAACGGAGAAGGGACUUGUAACAUUCGAAUCUCAAGCAUGAUGUCAACGGA